AUGAAGGAUCAUGCUGAGUCGAAUAACCUCUUGGAAUCAUCUCAGAAAGACUUUGAGGAGCAUGGUUCCCUAUAUGUACAGGUAACAAAGGUGAAAGAUCUAAAGAAGAUGAUAAAGAAGAAAGAGAAGACCUUGGUCGAGGUCCAGACCUCAUUGUUUGGUGUUGAAUCUGCUUUAAAUGACGCAAGAGUGUUACUCAAGACUGUCAUGCAUGUAUCUUUUGAUAACACCUUGAACCUAGUGAAGUUGAUAUGUGCUGGAUUAAAUAUUCCAUGGGAUAAGCUUGGUGCCAAGCAUAAAGUAUUGAAAGGAAAAUUGGUCUCUCUUGAAGAAACUCUAGAUUAG